ACUUGCCAUUUCUAUGAUACACCGCUCUUUAUAGGCAACGAACACGUGGUAAUUUAAUUGUUUAAAUAAUAUUAAUGCUGUUUUUAUCAUGGAAUCAAAUAAUAAAAUUCAAUACUUGAUCGUGGAUACGAGUGCUUUUAUUAAAAAUGCACCACUACAGGAUAUUGGUGUUAAUAUUAUAACCGAACAAGAUGUAGUUAAUGAGAUAACCAAUAAACGACAAUUGCGAAGGCUAGUUGUACUUCCAUAUGAUUUAAGUGUUCAAAGUGCUUUUCCAGAGAACAUUAAAUUUGUUACUGAAUUCGCAAAGAAAACAGGUGAUUAUACUAGUUUAUCUGCCACCGAUGUUAAAGUAAUUGCACUUACAUAUCAAUUGGAAAAAGAAAAAGUAGGUACAGAACAUUUAAAGGAAACUCCAACUAUUGUAAAGACUAUCAACAGUGCAAAACAUAUUAAAAACUCUUCAAAACCUAUUGUCGGAUUCUAUAUGCCAAAGAAAAAAUCAAAAAAAGCAAAUAAAACUAAAGAUAAAGAAAGUGUAAUAGGAAAAGAAGAAGAAGAAGAAGAAGUACACGUUGAUUCUCUUGUGAAUGAAGUUGAUAUUCAAGAAAACGAAGAAAAUCAAGAAGAGAAAACAAACAAAAACGAUGAUGAAUUUCUAGAAAAUGAAGAUCAAGAAGAGGAAACAAACAAAAACGAUGAUGAAUAUCUAGAAUAUGAAGAAGAUCAACUUACAUCGGAUGAUACAAAAUCUUCUGAUGAAUGUGUAUCCAAUUAUGAAACAGCUACAUCUGAUGUAGAAGAUUAUGCAGACGAUAAUGCAGACGAUAAUGCAGACGAUAAUGUAGACGAUAAUACAGACGAUAAUGUAGAUAUUGAAACAAAAGAUUUGGCAGAAAAAUUUUCAAAUCUUAAUUGCGAGCCAUCACAAUUGGAAAUCCAGAGUGAAGAUGGAAAUACGCAUAACGUAGAUGAUAUUCUUGCGACCAUACCAGAUGAGGAUGAUAAAGAAUCAUUAGAAGAGUUAAAUGAAUCUGAAGACGACCUCAAUAAUGAUAACGAUUGGAUUACACCAAAUAAUAUUAAAAAUGUAAGAAAGCAGAUGGACUCUGAUGUACUUAAGGAAAAAUCUGCUACUGUUGCUUGUUUAACAAUGGAUUUUGCAAUGCAAAAUGUUUUAAUGCAAAUUGGUUUGAACGUAGCAUCAUUGGAUGGAAAAGUUAUCAAACAAAUGCGAACAUUUAUAUUUAGAUGUUAUGCUUGUUUCAAAACUACCAGCAUAAUGACCAAAGUAUUUUGUCCUAAUUGUGGUAAUAAAACGUUAAAAAAAGUUGCUAUUUCAUUAGAUGACAAUGGUAAACAACACAUUCAUAUUAAUACACGGAGACCACUUACAGCUAAAGGAAAGAAAUUUUCUUUGCCAAAGCCACAAGGUGGAAAACAUGCAAAUAAUCCAAUACUUUGCGAGGAUCAACCUAUGCCUCAACAACGUAUUUCUAAAUUGGCAAGAACCAAAAAUGAUCCACUAUUUGAUGAUUACAUAGCAGGAUAUUCUCCAUUUGUUACACGAGAUGUAUAUUCUAAAUCUGCUAUGUUAGGUAUUCGAUUGAAUGGUGGUGUUAAAUAUUGGAUGAAGAAAAAUCCAAAUGAAUCUAGGAAAAAACGAAAAUAAUCUAAAAACAAUAGAUUAUUAUUUGUU